CAUUUUGAGUAGUUUUUCCAUCGCAGUUGUCAAUCAUAUUUUUGUGCAGAACUGUGCGUAAUUUGCGGAGACUCGGUACUCUUCUAUAAUUAUAAGAAAUGCUGUGCCGUCAUAUGGUUGCCUGGCGCUCCUUUGUCUAUAACAACAAUUUGUAUUCGAUUGGGCGAAAUGAUUUAGACUUUUGGCGCUGCUCUCCAGCUGCAUUGAGACGCUGUCCCAGUGCAUUGCAUCGCAUCAUGGACUUUGCCAAUCGGGAUCUUUCUGUGAUGAUUAAUUUCAACAAGCAGCAAUUGCUGGAGAUGUUUGUCACGUUGCAGUCCCUGUUGCAGACCAUCGAUCUCCGGACCGUCGAGUUUCUUUACGAGAUGCGGAGCCAUUUGGGUCCAGCAGCUGAUCAGUUUGUCCAUGAGCUAAGAAGCUUUGCCUACUCACCGUUCGAUAGCCUCAUCAGCUUUGAUUGCAAUACGAAAUAUGAGGCCAGAAAAUUAACCCAUUUUAAUGCGAGCGAUUGCGGCUUAGCCGAUGACUUUGAAUUGCUGCAAGGCAUCUAUAGCUUACCGCAAUAUGUACGCAACUUGCAGUACGACGAUGACUUUGAUGUAUUCUCUUCAGAUUUUGAUGUCGAGGAUGAGGAUGCCGACGUGCUGGACGAUUACAGCAAUAUGUUUGUGCUACAAGCACCGGUACUCAAAGAGAUGCGUCGCAUCCUCAAGAGCCGCAGUCUUAAUCCCCAGCAGUAUCCCAUGGCAAAUCCCACUGCUGCUGUGGCCAUAAUUGCAGAGGACGCUGCCCGCACUUUGAUCAAUCGUCAACCUGCGCCUGCUGCGCAAUCUGCGCCUGCUGCGCAAUCUGCUCUCAGUCCACGUCCUCCCGUUUCAGCACCACCAGCAGUAAGUUCGGCGACCAGAAAUGCAGACACGGCACAACAAUCGACAUUCCUUAGAUCUCCCAUACAAUUAAGAUCUCGAACUGCGGACACCAAGCGACGCAGAAACUUUGCGGAGGCACCUGAGUGAUUGUCUGUUGCACGUGGCAGGCAAAGAGGCAAACGAGUUUGGGGCCAAGGUUGAUGCUACAUUUGAACGCCUUUUGUGUAUUAUUAUGCACAUUUAUAAUAAAUAAAACGAGCUGAGCCGAGCGCGGAGCGCUGAACAAAGAAAAGUUUUAAAAGGUUGCCGGCAUCAAAUAUUGAUAACCGUUAACGGUUAACGGAUAACUGAAAAGGGAUCUCUCAUCAAUGAGGACAUCAGGCCAUGCCGUUCGAAAAUUGCGUGCCAAAUAUGCCUUUGACGCAUAUUUCUCGUUGUAGUCCUUUGUCUUAAUUCUGCAGCCGCGUCGCCCGCUGCUCACUGCCCUCAAAAGGUAGCCCUAGCCGGAACCCCUUUGGCUGCCGUUAUUCCCUCCCUGGUCACAGUGUCGCCUGGCGGCGCAUGAAAAAUUGAAUUACACGCACUUUUGCGCAAAAACGAGAACCAAAUAA